AUAUGUUUUACAUUUUCCGAACGCAUUUGUUAAAUGUCAAACAAUAAUCUUUUUCCUCUCCCACGACAUUUAUUAAUGUUAGGUGCUGUCCUCUAUGGUUUUCAUGUACUGCUUAAUUUUCCCCCAAAAGAAAACCUUGUAGGAUUUUUGCGUGAGCAGCACACGGUAAAAAGUGUAUAAAUAACGAUUUUUCUCAUUGAAACGCACAAAAAGAAUUUUUUACGGGAAAAAUAUUGUUCGAGGGCGCUACAGUUAACUUUUAUGUAAACGCUAUCAAAACGAAUUCAAUAGAGUCAAUGUGUGAGUGGUGAAAAUCGUUGAGCAAGGUGUGAAAAGCAAAUCGCGGUACUGCGCUGUGUCUCCAAACCACCCACCCGCCACCCAGAAAGAAAAAAAUCGAAUGAGUGAUUAACGACGGCAAACUGUUGUUUUUGCCAUUUCUUGCCAACAAUGAAGGUAUAAACGCGUCGCCUUACAUUCAAUUAAAUUAGCUUCGUGCAUUAAAUAAAAACUAAUAAUUUGCCCCGGUAUAUGAACUCUGUGUUUUCAAAAAAUUAAAUAACUAAUUUGGAAAUUAACUUCACAAAUUAACUAUACAAAACAAAUAAAAAGCAUCUACAUAUGAGACGCAAUUGAAAAAGCUAUCACUAGCAAUUUUAUACCUCAAUUAGUAGUGAGCAAAAAAAGUUGGGUAAAACGGGAAGCACAACCAUACAAGCUGCGUCGUCAGCGACGUACAAACGGACCACAACAAACAGGUGGUGUUUUAAUUUUGGGUACUUUGGCGUGAGCCCGUCAUGUCCGACAUCAUGAACAUCGAUAGCAUUAUUUCACGAUUAUUAGAAGUGCGCGGCGCACGUCCUGGAAAAAAUGUUCAACUAUCGGAGAGUGAAAUACGUGGUCUAUGCCUCAAGUCACGUGAAAUAUUCCUAUCGCAACCUAUUCUGCUGGAACUGGAAGCACCUUUGAAAAUUUGCGGCGACAUUCAUGGUCAAUAUUACGAUCUGCUUCGUCUCUUUGAAUAUGGUGGUUUUCCACCAGAAUCGAAUUAUCUAUUUUUGGGCGAUUAUGUCGAUCGUGGCAAGCAGUCUUUGGAGACUAUUUGUCUGUUAUUGGCUUACAAAAUAAAGUACUCGGAGAACUUUUUCUUGUUGCGUGGAAAUCACGAAUGCGCCAGCAUAAAUAGAAUUUACGGUUUUUACGACGAGUGCAAACGUCGAUAUACAAUAAAGCUGUGGAAAACGUUUACAGAUUGCUUUAAUUGUUUGCCUGUCGCGGCAAUCGUUGAUGAAAAGAUUUUCUGCUGUCACGGUGGUCUCAGUCCCGAUUUGUCGUCAAUGGAACAAAUAAGACGCAUUAUGCGUCCAACAGAUGUGCCCGAUCAGGGCUUACUAUGUGAUCUCUUGUGGUCAGAUCCUGAUAAGGAUACAAUGGGUUGGGGCGAAAAUGAUCGCGGCGUGAGCUUCACAUUUGGCGCUGAGGUUGUUGGGAAAUUUUUACAAAAACACGACUUCGAUUUGAUAUGUCGUGCGCAUCAGGUUGUCGAGGAUGGUUAUGAGUUCUUUGCUAAAAGACAAUUGGUCACACUCUUUUCGGCACCAAAUUAUUGUGGUGAAUUUGACAAUGCAGGUGCAAUGAUGUCUGUGGAUGAUACACUUAUGUGUUCUUUCCAAAUACUGAAGCCGGCUGAUAAGCGCCGCUUCGUCUAUCCGAAUUUCGGCAGUUCAGCGCGUCCGUUAACUCCGCCACGCGGUGCCAACAAUAAAAAUAAAAAGAAAUAAAUCAAUGUGCAAACUUAGCAGAAUUAAAAAGAAAAUAAUUAUACAAAUUCAAAAAGUGGCACGAUAAAGGCGUAAUGCAAAAAAAUUGUUAAAUGAUGCAGAAAACGAAAACAUCGAAAUAAAGCGAUGUAAAGCAAAAACAUAAAAGGCACUGCAAUAACAAAACCUUACAAAUAGUGCAAAUAAAAUUAAGAAAGACAAAGACGAAAAAGCUGUGAAAUACGCAGCUGCCACACCAACUCACUUAAUGUGUACUUGUGUAAGCCUAUACAAUUUAACAAUCAACAAAGCACACACAACAUUGAAAAAAAUUCAAAACUUUUUGUUGACAGUACCGACAUUUUUGCACUAUUUUUUAAGUAGCUCUUUGCAACCUUUUUUAUUUUACAAUUUCUAUAUAUAUAAAGGUUUUAUUUUUUAUGCAAAUGCAUGUUAUUUUCGCAGCACUAUACUAAAAAACGUGCGUUCAACACAAUUAUUUUUUGAAAACAUCAUAAUUUUUAAGUCGAAAAUUAAAACAAUUUUGUUUGUACUUCUAUAAAACAAGCGACGGUUUUAAACAUAGUGUUGCGUACAGUUAUUUUUUAUAUCUAAUGGGGUUUAUUUAGUACAAGCUAAAUGUGUAAUUUCGAAUAUAUGCAUAUAUAUUAGACAUUAAGCACAAACAACAACAUAGUAUAUGUAGUGUGAAAUAUUUUUAUCCUAGUUCGGAAUUAUUUUCACAAAAACUAGAUAUAUAAUUAUACCUUAGCACAUAUAAUUUGUAAAUAUGUAUGUUACAGAGUUUCCUGAAGCAUUAAAGUUAAAUUUUUUUUUUUCAAAAGUAACUGUUUCGCAAUAUGGCAAACGUGUAUAUCUCUACAUUAAAAGCUUUCAAAUACUUGUUUGUUUAUAUAAUAUAUAAUUAUUUACAACUUAUAAAUUAUACGUAUUGCUUAUGAUGGGAAAUAAAAUUAUGAUAUAUUAUGACACUCAGUUCAAAAUCGAAAUGAUUUAUGGUUUGAAAAAAUAAAUUUUAUUACCACUUCUGGCCAUAAACGGUUUGUUCAAUUAGGUUGUAGUUUGCAAUUAUUAUAAGCUCACCACUAUUUUCUUGUUUGUAUGCAUAAAAUUGAAAUAUAAGUAAAUUUGAGAAUAAGCAAAAAAUGAAACAUUAAAACCUUACUAUUCUAAAAUAAAAAAAAAAAACAAUUUUCAAAAAAAAGUAGCAAAACAAGGAAAUUUCAAAAACUAUAUAUUGUUAUUGUUUUUGUAUAAAUUGUAUAAUUCUUUCAUGUAACAUGCUUUGACUGUCGACAAUCAGAUUUUAAUUGCACGCUUAAAAAGCUUCAACUUCUUUCCUAUGAGAAUAUGUUUGACAAUUAUUGCUGAAAAGGUAACCGAACAGCCCUAAUAAUUCGAUUUGGCGAUAUUUCGCGUGGAAAUUGAUUAAAUUAAUACAAGUUUACACACUUAAUUGAACAAAUUGAAGUUCACGAUUAAUUAAAAAUAUAUUUAAAAGCUUCAAAUUCCAUAUUUGUUGUGUUAUAUUUGAUUGCUGGAAGCCUGCGCUAAAGCUGGUUGCAAUUUUUUUCGUUAUUAUAUAACUCAAUUUUAUACUGAACAUAAUCUAUAUGUGCUUUGGUUAUAUAUUUACUAUUUUCAAUAAUCGAUAUCAAUGAAAAUACAUCCUACAUAUGUAUAUGUAUGUAUGUAUGCGUUAUGAUUUCUUGCUUCUACCAAAAAUUUGUUAAUUCAAUGUUUUCCUAUUUAUACAAUAAGUUGCAUGCCACAUUAAUUUAUUGUUGUUAACAGUUUUUACACACAUACCCACACGCACAUACACACACUUCACUUGCAUUGACUUACACCAAAACAAAAAUAAUAAUAAUAAUAACAACAACAACAAAUGAAAAUACUUUUAAGUAGCAAGCAAAACAACUUUGUCAAAAAACAAAAGCAAAUUUAUAGUGGAAUAAAAUAAUUAAAAAAGCAAAACGCAGAGCAAAACAAACUCGAAAAACGAAUCUAUGCGCACUAUAUUUGAUAAAAAAUUUGUAAAAUAACAACAACAAAUAUUAGCAAUAAGAAAAAUAUGUAUGUAAUUAUAAUGAAAAAAAAGCUAUGCAGUAUUUGCAAAAAUAAGACAAGCUAACAAAAAUUCAAUUUGUACAACCAACUCAAUACAAGAAAGUAACGACAAAAAUAAAGCAUUACUAUAUAUAGACACAAAUAUAUUGUUAGCAGCUAGCUUGAUUGCAUAAGUGUGUAUAAGUACAUGCAUAAACUCUUCUACGUACUCCAAAAUAAAAUAUUUUCCUCUUUAUAUACAACUAAAACAUAGUGUAUUAGUUUGUAUUUUGAUAUAUUGACAUGCGUCGGUGGCCAAAUGAUGCCACCCGAAAACUUGCCGGUAAAAAAUUGUUUUCCAAACAUUGGUUAUAAAUGCUGUGAAACUUUUUUUUUUAUUAGCAUGUAAUUUUCCAGAUAUCGCAAAUAACGUUGUUUGGCCGUAGAUAAAUGUUUAGCAGAACUUCCUUUGAAAUAAUAAAGCCAUAUUCUUGAAAAUAAUAUUCAUAUAUUUUAACGGAUUACUAUCAUUUGCUACCCAUUUGUCUCUUAGAAGUUUUGUAAAUAAAUUGGUUUUAAGCAAUGGGCAAAAAAAAAAUUAUAAGCUAUAAAUUAUUUUUUCAUAUAUUUCUGGUGUUAUAAAUCGAAAAAUCUACCAUAAUUAUCGUAAAAACUUAUUUUAUUCAUUUAUAAAUAAUACGAAUAGUGCAAAUUAAACGAAUACAUAUGUAUUUGUAAAAAGUAGAAAUUUUAAUUACAAUUAAUUUGGUAUACCGUUGGUAUAACUCAGCCACUGAAUUUUCAAGUUUACAGACAUUUUUUGAAACGUCCUUGAUGUAAAUCCGCGAUUUAACGAUAUUUUGAAAAUUACAUGACUGAGAUGAAAUGUAUAUGGUUGUUGGGCUAAUUCUUGGAAAAAUUUUGAAAUAUUUCUAAAUCUAUAUUAUUUAUAUACAUAUUGAGUAUAUUUUGCAAUAGUUUGGUGUAGCUAGUUCACCUUUGUUAUCUGAGCAAAUACGUAAACAUCAGACCUUGACUUAAAACCAUUUUUUUUUAGAAAUUAUAUUAUAUAAUUAUUCAAUAACAUUUAAAAGCGGUAUUUCCAAAUCAAAAAUUCUUCGAUUUGUUUUAAAUUUGAGAAUAAAUUAUUGAAAGCGUGAGUCAAAAUUAUUUAGCUACUAAUACUCAUACAUUUGUAUGUGCAUAUUUUAAUGAAAAAAUACAUUAAUGUUAAAAUUGGUUGAAAAUAUACAAAUAUACCGUUGUCAGUUGUUAAAACUUAAUGCUAAAUACAUAUAUCUUGGCAGAACGUUAUAAAAAUUUUUAAAGUAAAAUAAAUAUUUUAGAAACUAUUUUAAUCAGAAAACAGUGUUUUUGAUUUUUAGCUGGCUCCUAAAAGGAGGCAAUGUAAAAUUUACAAAUUACAUAUUUAUGUUUGUCUGCGGUGAACAAUGCAAUUGAGCGCCUGUUUCGAGGAAAUUUUGAAAACAAAAAAUUUUUUUUUUAAAGUUGGCGCCGAUAUGUUACAUAAUUUUGUUUUGUAAACUCCGCUCAAUGCAUAUGUAAGGUGUGCGAAAUCCGGAAUAUCUAUUAAAGAUGAAAGCAAUUUGUUAAAUUUACGCAUAGUUAUAAAAUACAGAGCUUCAUCAAUGAGAAAAAGGUUUCUAGUGACUCCAAAUAUAAUAUUUAAACAUAAAAAGAACAAUGCAAUUUUUCAGUGAAUAUAAUACAAAUAUGAUCUAUUGGUAACAAUCAAAAAUAAUGCGCAACAACAAAAAUAUGCAAACAAAAUUAAAUGAGAAUUUUUUUGUGGUCUCAUAAUUGAAUAAUACUUUUUCAUUUGUAGUUAAUUUUCUGUGUAUUAUUGCAAUUUAAAAUUAUAUUAAAACCUUUUCAACUGAUUUAAUUAUAAAUUUGAGAUACAAAAAAUAUGAAAUUUAUGAAGAGAGCAGAGAAAAUAUAGAGAAAAUGCAAACUUUUUGCUCAAAUGAGAAAUGCUCAAAAGUUGAUGUAUGUAUUGUAGAUGCAAUAGUUGAAGAGAGAAAAAAAGCUUUUGGAGUUUUGAAAAAAAAAAUGUUGGAUUCGGCUCAUACUAGUUCAAAAACCCACUUACGUUUACAUACAAGAAAUUAACCUGUAAACAUUUUUUGCCACUAUUAGUUGAAGGCUGAAAAGUUGAAUGCGCUUUGGUGAAAUGUUUCAAGAUUUUAGUGUUUUUAGCGGUAAAUAAAAAAGCGAGUGCGAAAGCUCUUCCUACGUAUAUUUGGUAAAAUGUAAGUAGAGAUAGUGAAAGCUUCGUAAAGUUGAAAGCUUUGCAAAAAAUUUUUUUAACAUUCAACGAGUGUUAAAUUAAUUUCAAUUCAUAUACUUGAAAUGAAAUAUGCAUACAGCGCUGAAGAAGCUUUCAAUACUCAGAGCCCAAAUUGUUAAGCUUUCACUAUAUAAAAAUAUAAAAAAAUGUUUAUUGUUAUUUAUAGCAUGUUUGCAAAGAGAUGCUUACACUUGUUUUGUGACCAAAAGCUAAUUGACAUAUUAUAUUCAAACUAAUGAUUUUACUACUAAAAAAAAUGUACUGCUAUAAUAUCUCAAUAUUCCAUUUUCAGGGUCAAAAGCUCGUAACAUCCCUUCCCAUCAAUUUUGUUGCCUUUUCGAGCUUUGCAGCUUUUCUUUUUAAUUUUAAAUUUUUUGUCUGUUGUUGUAUUUUUCUACACUUAACUAUAUUUGUAAUGCUGUAUGAAAAAUAGUGCACUGCUAAGAAAAUUUGCAAAUAAGCAAAAAGCAAUAAAAAUAUAAACGCAGCAUUGACUAUUUACAAGCAGUACUAUUAAAAACUCAAAAUAAUAAUAUACAAUCAAAACAAAAAAAAAA